AUGGCCGACGACGACGUGCUGUUCGAGGAUGUGUAUGAGCUGUGCGAGGUGAUCGGCAAGGGUCCAUUCAGUGUUGUGCGGCGAUGUAUCAACAGAGAAACUGGGCAACAGUUUGCUGUCAAGAUUGUUGAUGUAGCAAAAUUCACUUCAAGCCCAGGCUUAAGUACUGAAGAUCUGAAGAGAGAAGCAAGUAUCUGUCACAUGCUGAAACAUCCUCACAUUGUUGAACUUCUGGAGACCUAUAGUUCUGAUGGAAUGCUAUAUAUGGUUUUUGAAUUUAUGGAUGGUGCAGACCUCUGCUUUGAAAUUGUAAAGAGAGCAGAUGCUGGUUUUGUGUACAGUGAAGCUGUAGCCAGUCAUUACAUGAGACAGAUAUUGGAAGCACUGCGCUAUUGUCAUGAUAAUAAUAUAAUUCACAGGGAUGUGAAGCCACACUGUGUGCUACUUGCUUCAAAGGAAAAUUCAGCACCUGUAAAACUUGGUGGUUUUGGUGUUGCUAUUCAAUUAGGAGAAUCAGGACUUGUUGCUGGAGGACGUGUAGGAACUCCUCAUUUUAUGGCUCCAGAAGUAGUAAAAAGAGAGCCUUAUGGAAAGCCUGUAGAUGUGUGGGGCUGUGGAGUUAUUCUUUUUAUUCUGCUUAGUGGUUGUUUGCCUUUUUAUGGUACAAAAGAAAGAUUGUUUGAAGGCAUUAUCAAAGGAAAAUACAAGAUGAAUCCCAGACAGUGGAGCCAUAUAUCUGAAAGUGCCAAAGAUCUAGUUCGACGCAUGCUUAUGCUUGAUCCAGCUGAGAGAAUAACUGUUUAUGAGGCACUUAAUCAUCCUUGGCUGAAGGAGCGUGAUCGCUAUGCAUACAAGAUUCAUCUUCCAGAAACUGUGGAACAGCUGAGAAAAUUCAAUGCAAGAAGAAAAUUGAAGGGUGCAGUACUGGCAGCAGUAUCAAGCCACAAAUUCAGUUCCUUCUACGGUGAUCCCCCUGAAGAACUACCAGAUUUCUCAGAAGACCCUACCUCCUCAGGAGCAGUUUCACAGGUAUUAGACAGCCUAGAAGAAAUUCAUGCACUUACAGAUUGCAGUGAAAAGGACUUAGACUUUCUGCAUAGUGUUUUUCAAGAUCAGCAUCUUCAUACAUUACUAGAUCUCUAUGACAAAAUUAAUACAAAAUCUUCACCACAAAUCAGAAAUCCACCAAGUGAUGCUGUACAGAGAGCCAAAGAGGUAUUGGAAGAAAUUUCAUGUUACCAAGAAAAUAGUGAUGCAAAAGAACUUAAACGUAUUUUAACUCAACCACAUUUCAUGGCCUUACUUCAAACUCACGAUGUAGUGGCACAUGAAGUUUACAGUGAUGAAGCAUUAAGAGUUACUCCACCUCCCACAUCUCCAUAUUUAAAUGGAGAUUCUCCAGAAAGCAUAAAUGGAGACAUGGACAUGGAGAAUGUCACAAGAGUGCGAUUGGUUCAGUUCCAAAAAAAUACAGAUGAACCAAUGGGAAUCACUUUAAAAAUGAAUGAAUUGAAUCAUUGCAUUGUAGCAAGAAUUAUGCAUGGAGGAAUGAUUCACAGACAAGGUACACUUCAUGUAGGAGAUGAAAUUCGAGAAAUAAAUGGAAUUAGUGUGGCAAAUCAAACAGUGGAACAACUUCAGAAAAUGCUUAGAGAAAUGAGAGGCAGCAUCACCUUCAAGAUUGUGCCAAGUUAUCGCACUCAAUCUUCUUCAUGUGAGAGAGAUUCCCCCUCUACAUCCAGACAGUCCCCAGCUAAUGGCCAUAGCAGCAUUAACAAUUCUAUUUCGGACUUGCCAUCAACCACACAACCAAAAGGACGACAGAUAUAUGUAAGAGCACAAUUUGAAUAUGAUCCAUCAAAGGAUGAUCUUAUUCCCUGCAAGGAAGCUGGCAUCAGAUUUAGAGUUGGCGAUAUUAUCCAGAUUAUUAGCAAAGAUGAUCACAAUUGGUGGCAGGGUAAACUCGAGAAUUCAAAAAAUGGAACUGCAGGCCUCAUUCCUUCUCCUGAGCUUCAGGAAUGGCGAGUAGCUUGUAUUGCUAUGGAGAAAACUAAACAAGAGCAGCAGGCAAGCUGUACUUGGUUUGGAAAGAAAAAGAAGCAGUACAAAGACAAAUAUUUAGCAAAGCACAAUGCAGUGUUCGAUCAAUUAGAUCUUGUCACCUAUGAAGAAGUGGUAAAAUUGCCUGCAUUCAAAAGGAAAACACUUGUUUUAUUAGGAGCACAUGGUGUUGGGAGAAGACACAUUAAAAAUACACUAAUUACAAAACAUCCAGACCGAUUUGCAUACCCUAUUCCACAUACAACCAGGCCACCAAAGAAAGAUGAAGAGAAUGGAAAGAAUUAUUACUUCGUAUCACAUGACCAAAUGAUGCAGGACAUUUCCAACAAUGAAUAUUUGGAAUACGGUAGCCAUGAAGAUGCAAUGUAUGGGACAAAACUGGAAACAAUACGGAAGAUCCAUGAACAGGGAUUAAUUGCAAUACUUGAUGUAGAGCCUCAGGCCUUGAAGGUCCUGAGAACUGCAGAGUUUGCUCCUUUUGUUGUUUUUAUUGCUGCACCUACAAUUACCCCAGGCAUUAAUGAGGAUGAAUCUCUUCAACGCUUGCAAAAGGAAUCAGAAAUCUUACAGAGAACAUAUGCACACUACUUUGACCUUACAAUUAUCAACAAUGAAAUUGAUGAAACAAUCAGGCAUCUGGAAGAAGCCAUUGAGCUUGUUUGUAAAGCAUCACAAUGGGUUCCUGUUUCCUGGAUAUAUUAACCCAAUUACCAGAAGAAUGUGAUCAUUGUUGGAAGCCACCUCAUACUUGGAAGAACCUCUUUGUUAUUGACCUUAUGUCAACAGGUCUUGGCCCCUAGAGACUACCUAGAUGUAGUGUGACCUACAUUUAUAAUUAUUGUCAUGUCCUUAUAGCUAGGCAAAAAAUAUGAUAAUUUAAAGAGACAGUAUCUUUUUUAAAUCAGUUCUUCUAAAUUUUAUUAAAAUGUAUCUUUAAAUGUAUGUAUUAUUCAAUCCUUUGGAAUGGUAUAUUUUUGGAACUCAUAGCUUUUAAUUUCAAAGGCCCCUAAAACUGCACAAAAUAGAUGCUGCUUUCUAUAAUCUAUUUUAAUAAUAAUGUGAUCUUUACGUUAUUGGGGGUAGAACAUUGCAUCUUUUAGAGUCUGAUUUUGUGAAUUGGAUUGAGUUGCUUUUCUUUAUUUAUUUGAAAUUAUUAGCCCGAUCAUGACCAGAUCAAUACUUAUAUUCUAAUGGCCUUCUUCUGCUUUUUAAAAUCAUUUUUAAAGUAGCAUUUUUAAAAUAUUUUAGUUUAAUAGGAAGAUAAUGUGAUACUGUCUCUUUGAAGAACUCUGUAAAACUGAAUAGAGAUUUGAAGUUGGGUCUUGACUCUUAAUGCAUGUGGACAGUUGCAAGCGUUCAUGCCGUUGGUG